CUAGACGUGAUCAAUCCCGAGUCCAAGGCUCUGAUCCCGCUGCAGACAGAAGCCCACCCUGAAACCAAACAGAAGGUUUUGACCAACUACAUGUUUCCUCAGCAACCGCGACACGAUGAGGAUUACCAGUCGGACAGUGACAGCUUUAAUCCCAUCCUGUGGGAGGAGCAGAGGCAGCAGAGGAUGACUGUGGCCUUUGACUUUGAUGACAAGAAAGAAGAGGAAGACAACUCUGGGAAGGUCAAGGUGGAGAUUAACCUUAAGCGCUACCCGACACCUUACCCUGAGGACCUCAAGAACAUGGUCAAGUCAGUGCAAAGCCUAGUGGGUAAAAGUGUACACGGCGGGCAUGGGCACCAACACCAGCAUCAGCACCAACUCCAGCACCAGCACCAGCACCAGCUGAGCACAGGCACUGCCACAUCGGCAGGAACCAACAUGGAACACACCCACCUCAGCAAAGAGUAUGAACCACCGUGGCCCCUUCCUCCCAAAGAGUCCCUCAAGGUCCACCCCACGUUCCAUGUCAGCAAGCUGAAACCAGUUGUAGAGAGCAGACUGGUUCACCCCCCCACACCACCUCCACCCCCCCGGGUCAUCGACGGAGGUAUCAUCUAUACAGUGUCGGCACUUCCUGUCCGUGUGGCACCUGCUAGAGUGAUUGUUGUUCCCACCCCUGAUUGUGUCCACCUGUGCCCCAUUGCCUAA